UGCGCCAUUUUGGAAGAGAAAAAAAAAAUCACGGAUAAUUUCCGUGGUCUUGACAGAUCUGGACCCGAGUCUUCUCACUGAUUGUUGAUGCUAUCCGUUUCCCGGAGCGAGCGAGCCGCGUUGGGUUGAUCGGGUAUCGGAAGCUGCGUGCAACAAAAGCUGCUAAAUGAAGCAAUGGCGGGAGUUACAGGAGGAAAUGAUUUCCAGUGGUGUUUCUCCCAAGUGAAAGGAGCCAUAGAUGAAGAUGUUGCGGAAGCUGACAUAAUCUCAACUGUUGAGUUCAACUAUUCUGGAGAUUUACUUGCAACUGGAGACAAGGGAGGGCGAGUAGUGAUAUUUCAACAUGAACAAGAGUCUAAGAAUCGUCCACACCUGCGUGGGGAGUACAACGUCUAUAGCACUUUUCAGAGUCAUGAGCCAGAAUUUGACUAUUUGAAAAGUUUAGAAAUUGAGGAAAAAAUUAAUAAAAUAAGAUGGCUACCCCAACAAAAUGCUGCUCACUUUCUACUUUCAACAAACGAUAAAACUAUCAAAUUGUGGAAAAUAAGCGAAAGAGAUAAACGGGCAGAGGGUUACAACCUAAAAGAUGAAGAUGGGCGACUCAGAGAUCCUUUUAGAAUCACCUCUUUACGGGUACCUGUUCUGAUGCCAAUGGAUCUCAUGGUAGAAGCAAGCCCACGGAGGAUCUUUGCAAAUGCGCACACCUAUCACAUUAAUUCCAUUUCUGUAAAUAGUGACCAUGAAACUUACCUCUCUGCAGAUGACCUAAGAAUAAAUCUAUGGCACUUGGAAAUCACAGACAGAAGUUUUAAUAUAGUAGACAUCAAGCCCGCCAAUAUGGAAGAACUGACAGAAGUAAUCACAGCUGCUGAGUGCCAUCCACACCAAUGCAAUGUAUUUGUGUACAGCAGUAGCAAAGGCACCAUCCGCCUGUGUGACAUGCGAGCAGCGGCACUCUGCGAUAGGCACUCAAAGUUCUUUGAGGAACCUGAGGAUCCAAGCAGCCGAUCCUUUUUCUCAGAGAUCAUCUCCUCCAUCUCAGACGUGAAGUUCAGUCACAGCGGACGCUAUAUGAUGACACGUGACUACCUCUCCGUCAAGGUUUGGGACCUCAACAUGGAGAACAGACCAGUGGAGACGUAUCAGGUCCAUGAAUACCUUCGCAGUAAGCUCUGCUCCUUGUAUGAAAACGACUGCAUCUUUGACAAGUUUGAGUGCUGCUGGAAUGGCAGUGACAGUGCCAUCAUGACCGGCUCCUACAACAACUUCUUCCGAAUGUUUGACCGCAACACCAGGCGGGACAUUACACUGGAGGCGUCCCGGGAGAGCAGCAAACCACGGGCUACGCUCAAACCCCGCAAAGUGUCCACCGGCGGCAAGAGGAAGAAGGACGAGAUCAGCGUGGACAGCCUGGACUUCAACAAGAAGAUCCUCCACACUGCCUGGCACCCCAAAGAUAACGUGAUAGCUGUGGCAGCCACCAACAACUUGUACAUUUUCCAGGACAAAAUCAACUAAAAACAAAAAAAAAAUAUUUGGGGCUCCAGAGGAUAGGGCUUUUACCAUACCUGUGUAGUUAAGCCUACUACUUGUCUAUCUGUAUAAGAAGAAACAGCCUUGUUGUUCCUCCUGGUGAAGAAAUUGAAAGCACGUGUCUACUUUUUUUUGCCACAGGAGGUUGAUCCAUAGGCCUGUUUUAUUUUCGAGUCUGAGCUUAGGUUGUUCUUUGCCUUUGGCACCAGGGCAAUCAGCACGCCCCUCCCCUGACCCAGAAAGCCCAAUUCGGGUCUAAUUGAUGGAAUGGCACUUCCUAGAGGUCAAACCCUUGAACAUUGCUAUUUGUGUUGACAUUUUAAGCCUUCAUUUCACAAUUUAACGACAGAACUCUCGGAAGUCCUUAAAAUGACGUCUUGUCAAGGUUGUAUUCAUCUUUCAGAAAUUUUUGGGCCCUGAGAAGCACGGGUGAAUAGGCCAGUAGGCCUAACUGUAACAUUCCCCCAUUGGUCUUGUAUUCAGGCCAAAUUACUGCUGGAAAAAGGCCCAUGAAUUUGAAAAGUGGACUUGUUUCAUUUCCUCCCUUCCCCUACCCCGUUCUCUUCUUUUUAUCCCCCAGUCAAUACAGCAACAUAAAAUUCACUGACUGUAUCUACUCAAGUACACCUUGUCAUCGACAUAAUAAAAGAAACUAAAACUACAGAUGUGUUUUUAAAUUUAGAAGUAAGGUAUUAAAACAUGUUUAUUGCUUUGCAUGUUUUUAUGUUGUAGAGAGGUGGAGAAAUGUCCAGUCACGCCACUGUUUUUUUCUUCUUUCUUUUUUUUUUCGAGCAGAUCUACGGCAAACUUGUCGAGGAAAAACUAUUUGGGGCAAUCGGUUUGGAAAUUACUGUCGGAAAAUGUCUGCGUGAAGAUAUUAAAGUCCUACUUUUUGACACUGUUUUAGGAUGCAGACUGGAAACUGAACGGCACAAAAUAGAGUCCAGGACAAAGGGAAUCUGCAGCCUUAAUACCUACUUCAACCAGUGACAGCUACAGCUACAAGUUGCGUCCCCGAGCGUUAUACGAACCUCAUGUGCAUUAUUUGUAAAUCCUAUUUUAUAGAGUUUUGUCCUCAUACACUGCUGCUACACGUGGCUGUCUAUGAAAAAACAUAAAGGAGGAAAAUUGCACACCAUACAUACGGUUUAUGUGAUAGAGUGCCUCCGAAUCUUGUAAUAAGUAGGAAACAAAGACAGGCCUCAUACAUGUGCCCUUUUUUUUUUUUUUCCUUUUUUUUUCCAUUUGAUUAGGGAUGCCACCCAGAUCUGAACCACAUACUGCAAAUGUGGAUCUUUGUAGUUGUGAAUGCAGACAUGAAGGUUGACUACGCAAAAAGUAUACCGAUGACGUUACAAACACAUAAUAAUGCAUUGUCUUUGUCCAUUGAUUCCUAACAUGGUGGCAAUGUAUUCACUUGUUUAUUAUUUUGACCAAAGUUCAAUAAAAUUUUAAUUGUGUUCAUCUG